CGUGAUGACAGUUACGUUUUAUUUUUCUUUUGACUGAAAGUUUUAAAUUCAAUAAAAUGUUGCAAAGAUAUAUUUGUAAAAAUUUGAGUAGUAAAUUAUGUAGCAGACAGAGAAAUGUAUUAUUUAAUUUAACACUUCAAGCCCAUUCCUGUCAACAAUGCGGAUUUAAGUUAUAUUCUAGUCACAAAGUUCAAGCAUUACGAAAUAAUAAUGAAAGAAGCUUAUUACAUGGAAAGGAUAGAUUUUUUCCAAAAUUAAGACAUUAUACUAGCCAGGUGGACUCUCAAAAGAAAAAUGGACGUGUCGAAACCGUCAAAGAUAAUGCGGAGAUAGCGACCUCAAAAAAGAUAAACGUAAAGUUAAAGCCAUCAGAGUUAAAAAGACUUUUAUCUUUGGCAGAGCCAGAAAAAUGGACCCUUACUGGUGCUAUUGGUUUAUUAUUUAUAUCAUCUAGUGUUACAAUGGCUGUGCCAUUCUCAUUAGGUAUGGUGCUGGAUAUCAUAUACAGUGGUACAAAUGAUCUAGUAACUGCUAGAGAAAAGCUUGAUGAAUUGUGCUUGGUGCUGUGCGGAGUUUUCCUUGUUGGUGGCCUAUGCAAUUUCGGACGAGUGUACUUGAUGUCAAUAUCUGGGCAAAGGAUGACACAGUCUCUUCGAAAAAAAGUGUUUUCGUCAAUUAUGCGGCAAGAAACAGCGUGGUUUGGUAGAACAUCGACUGGCGAGCUUGUGAAUAGACUAUCAGCAGACACACAGUUAGUUGGGCGAAAUCUUAGUUCCAAUGUCAGUGAUGGCCUACGGUCGCUCUUCAUGGUGGGAGCAGGGACGGGCAUGAUGUUCUACAUGUCACCGUCCUUGGCUUUGAUAGGGUUAUGCGUAGUUCCGCCAGUAUCGAUGCUUGCUGUAAUCUAUGGUCGAUUCGUUCGAGGCAUCACUAGACAGCUUCAAGACGCACUUGCUGAAACCAGCGAGCUUGCUGAAGAGAAGAUUUCUAACAUUAAAACCGUGAAAGCAUUUAGCAAAGAAAAGAUAGAAUGUGAAUCGUACGCUCAACGAAUUGAAACAUUACUUCAAUUGGCCUAUAAAGAGUCCUUAGCUGUUGGAAGUUUCUAUGGAUUGACGGGCUUAUCUGGCAACACUAUAAUAAUCUUGGUGCUUUACUAUGGUGGUGGUAUGGUGGCGACAGAACAGAUGACAGUUGGAAAUCUCACAUCUUUCCUACUUUACGCUGCAUAUGUCGGCAUAAGUAUUGGUGGGCUUAGUACUUUUUAUACUGAGUUGAAUAAGGGUAUGGGUGCUGCAACGAGGCUCUGGGAAAUAAUGGAUAGGGAACCAAAAAUAUCAACUUCAGGAGGCUUAAGACCAAAAGACAGACCGAAAGGGGAACUUAUAUUAGAGAAUAUACACUAUUCUUACGCUGGAACUCCUUUGAUUAAGGGCCUCACUUUACAUUUGUUACCUGGAAAGAAUGUAGCCUUGGUGGGCAGAUCCGGUUGUGGCAAGAGUACGAUAGCCUCUCUUAUAUUGAGGCUAUAUGAUCCCGACAGUGGGAGGGUACUGUUAGAUGGAGUAGACAUAAGGCACUUGGAUCCAGUUUGGUUGAGAAGUCAUAUAGGAUUUGUUAGUCAGGAACCUAUUCUUUUUAGUGGAACUAUAAAAGAGAACAUAUUAUACGGAGCUCUCGAUGAUUGCGAAACAUCGGAAGACGGAAAGGAGCCGUCGUGGCUGUUGGCGGCGCGCGCGGCGCAGCUGCAGGAGGUGGGGGGCGGCGCGGGGGGCGCGGGGGGCGCGGCGGGCUGGCAGCGCCAGGUGGGCGCGCGCGGCUCGCAGCUCAGCGGCGGCCAGAAGCAGCGCGUCGCCAUCGCGCGCGCCAUCGUCAAGAAUCCAAAAAUCCUCAUACUCGACGAAGCUACCUCAGCACUGGAUACGUAUUCAGAAUAUUUAGUUGAUAAAGCACUAAAGGAAAUCAGUAGAGAUAGGACAGUUUUAACUAUAGCGCACAGACUGAGCACGAUACAGUCCGCAGACGAAGUAGCCGUUAUAGGAGACGGCGUUAUUGUUGAAAAGGGAACAUACUCCGAAUUGAUGUCGAAAUCAGACGGAUACUUCAAAGAACUUAUAAAUCAUCAAGCAUUUAUAAAUUCGCAGCCUAAAAAUACAACGGAUGUACAAAACAGCUAAUAUCAGACGACACAAAUUAUUUUCGGUAUAGGACCUCUUUUACUAAUACACAUCGAAAUAUUUUUGUACGUACGUUAUAAAUAUUAUUAUGACUAUUUUAAAUUGUUUAUGUGCAAUUACAAUGAGAUCCUUAAAGUAAUUUAAAAUGAAAUUACUGCUAACGACCGCAUUAUAAUCAAAACUUGUAAUGAAAAGUGCUUCACGAUGAGCGCUUUGACACAGAUUGGUAAACCAUAAGCUGGAACUUGUCUUAUGAUUUUUAAAAUUUAUGGUUUAUAAAAAAAACGCAACUUUGUAGUAUUUUAUUUUUGACUCGAUUAUUUUAAUAUUUAUUGUUAUAUUUAACAUUCUAUAGUGGUUGUAAAUUUCAUUACUGAAUAUAUGAAAAAAAAUGUAAAUUAUUACAGGUUUUAUAUGUUGUUAAAAGAGUAAAUGUAUUUACACUAAAAUAAUUUAUAUGGAAUAAAUUAAAUAAAAAAAAAAACAACUUUUAAUAGCACAACAUUUAUAGACGAAAAGUUUUAUUUAUUAAUUUUUUUUUAUUAAUUUAUUCAUCAAUGUUUAAAUAAAAUUUAUAAAACGAUAAUCACUCAGAGAGCGAUAGUAAAUAAAUGAUAAAAUUAUUGCUGCCUUUGAUAAUAGAAAUGCGCAGUAGCGAAUGCACUGUUUGAUUAUCUAAAUUAAUUGAUGAAACAAUGAUUGCAAUCAAAGAUGCUCAUGAACUUUACGAGUUUUGUCUUGAAGAACUGUACUUUACCUUGAAAAUAAUUAUUGAUGUAAAUUAAUAUAAAAUAAUGUUCAAAGUGACUGGACAAAUGUAUGAAAAGUUUAUUAUGUAUAAAUUAAAGUGAUGGUGGGCAAUGGAAUAUGUAAAUUUAGAGGAAUAAAAAUGGUUGUUGUUA